AACGGGGCAGCUCAUUGGCCAAUAUUUCUGAAGAAAAUCGACCAGCAUAUUACCACUUGCAUGUACCGCUCCUGAAUGGUCUUUUCUGCCGAUCUUUAACCAGACAUGCAGCAGCCAUUAGUGAAUCAAGACGACGUUCUCCGUGAGCAGCAUCAAUGGAAUCUGUGUCUGCACCAAAUGGAGUCAGAGCCUCCAAAUGUUAAAGAGGAACAGGAGGAACUUUGGAGUGAAGAUGAAGAAAAAACGCAGUCAUUGCAGUUUCAUCAAAACCAAAAAGAUGAGAGUACAGAAGUGGAGCUUCUCGCCAGCAACUCAACUGAACCCAGAAGACUGAAAACAGAAGGUCAUGGAGACGACUGUGGAGGAUCACAAACAACCAGAAACUCAGACACAAGUCUGUUGUCAGUGAUUAAAGAAGAAAUUGUCCCUGAACACCAGGAGUGGAAAUUGAGUAUUGGCCAGGAGGACAUGAAAGAAGAAUAUGAAAAACACUGGAUAUGUCAGCAGGGACAGCAGCUUCAUCAGCUGGAGGAGGCAGUUAUCGCCAAGUUCCAUUUCACCACUGUCCCUGUGAAAAGUGAAUAUGAUGAAAAACCACAGUCAUCACACGUUCACCAAAGCCGACGUGAUGAUGGCACAGAGGCUGAGCCUGUAACCAGUAGCUCAUCUAUACACAGAACACUGACUGCACAAGCUGAUGGAGAGGACAAUGGAGGACCACAACCAGCCAGCAACUUUGAUCCAAUUAGUCAUUUACAGCCAGAUACCAUUGCCAGGAGUACAGACAGUUCUGAUACUGAUACUGACAACAGUUGUGAAUGGAAACAAACCAGAGAACUCCAUUCAGGGUUUAACUGCCAGACAAAUAACAAUGUCUCAAAGCCACACAGGGGAAUGCAAGCAAGUGUAAAACCAUUUGACUGUUCUGAAUGUGGUAAAAGAUUUGGACAAAAGAGCGAUCUGGUCAUACACAUGAGAAUUCAUACUGGGGAGAAACCAUUUGGCUGUUCUGAGUGUGCUACAAGAUUUGGACAGAAGAGCAAUCUCAUCAAACAUUUGAGAAUUCAUACAGGUGAGAAACCAUUUGACUGUUCUGAAUGUGGAAAAAGAUUUGGACAGAAAAGCAAUCUGAUCAAACACCUGCAAAUUCAUACGGGGGAGAAACCUUUUGAAUGUUCUGAGUGUGGCACAAGUUUUAGAAGAAAGGGCAAUCUUAUUUCACACAUGAGAAUUCAUACUGGAGAGAAAACAUUUGGCUGUUCAGAGUGUGGAAAAAGAUUUGGACAGAAGGACAAUCUUAUUUCACAUAUGAGAAUUCAUACAGGAGAGAAACCGUUUGGCUGUUCUGACUGUGGUAAAGAAUUUGGAAAUAAGAGCAACCUAAUUACACACAUGAGAAUUCAUACCGGACAGAAACCUUUUGGCUGUUCAGACUGUGGUGUAAGUUUUCGACGGAAGCAUGAUCUGAUCAAACACAUGAGAAUUCAUACGGGAGACAAACCUUUUGGCUGUUCUCAUUGUGGUAUAAGAUUUGGACGGAAGGGCACUCUGAUCACCCAUAUAAGAAUUCAUUCAGGAGAGAAGCCAUUUGGCUGUCCAGAGUGUAAAAAAAGAUUUCGACGAAGGAGCACUCUUAAUUCACACAUGAGAAUUCAUACGGGAGAGAAACCUUUUGGCUGUUCUGAUUGUGGUAAAACAUUCGGAUAUAAGAGCAGUUUGAUGAAGCACAUGAGAACUCAUACAGGACAGGCGGAGACUUUGGCAGAGACCUCUUAGAAACUUUGGCGGGGACCUCUUAGAAGGGAGAGAAAGCAAAGAUCUGACACCUGCAAGAAAGACCAGGGUAAAAAAAAAAAAAAAAAAAACAUCAAAAGAGAACAAAGACUGGACAGAUGGAAAGACACAGAAGGGCUGGACAAUUCCAAGAAGAACUAGAAAAGGAAUACAUAGGUAAAGAAGGAUCAAUACAGUGUCUUAAAAAUGGUGAACAUGUUUUUGAUGGAGAAAGAAUUAUACUUCGACCACAAGAUCAGGGACUUUUAACAAAUGUUUUUUAAAAAUGGCAGGAAUUUCACCAAAAAAAUCAAUGC